AUGCAGCCUCAAAUCAGUCUGUCGGCUCUCGCCGCCCUUGUCCCCAUGGUUCUGGCCCUGCCUCAACAGCAGCCUCCCCCACCGGGCCCGCCAGCCGCUUGCGCACCAGUCAACAUCAUCGUAGCCCGCGGCAGUCUCGAGGCGCAGGGUGCCGGUCUGUUGGGCAACAUUGCCAUGAACGCAUCAAUGCAGAUUCCCGGCUCCGUCAUCACGCCAUUGGUAUACCCGGCACAGCUCGAUCCGUAUCCGCCCUCCGUGUCGGCUGGUGUCAUGAACAUGACGACUCUUCUUAACCAGCAAGCGCAGCAGUGCCCCCAGUCGAAGCUCGUCUUGAUGGGAUACUCCCAGGGCGCACAAGUGUCGCUGGAUACCCUCUGCGGUACCACAGAUGGCCCUAACUUCAACACGACCGUUGCUCAGGCACCCAUGGUCGGAAGCAAGAUCGCUGCCGUCGUCUUGUUCGGCGACCCAACCUUCAUCGCUGGCCAGCCCUUCGCCAAGGGAACCUCAAAGAAGAAUGGCAUCUUCCCUCGUAUGGACCUCGGUCCAUGCCAGAGUCUGACAAGCAAGUUCGCGUCCUUCUGCGAUGACACGGAUCUUUUCUGCGCCUCAGGCCAGAACUUGACCGUCCAUCUCGGUUACUUCUCAAAGCAGGACUACAUCGCCCAGGCAUCGUCCUUCAUCGUGCAGCAGACCAAGUAA